GGCCGAUCGUUCCAGUAUCGAUCCAUCGAUCCGUUCCCGGUUCUGUCUCCUGUGAUCCUAUUCGCCGUGGAUACCGCGACACAUAGACCAGUGGUAUGGCGUUCAAAUUUAUCCUGCCGAUUCUGGCUCUGUCGGUUUUGUUGGGACGCGAGGCGGACGCUGGACACGCGCACUCUUUCCAGCACUUCCACGGGCCGGUGAUAGGCGACGCCCAGGAGGUCACUUGGACCGACAAGCACGGACACCAUUAUCACAACUACGUGGCGCAUCCGCACUAUGACUUCUCGUACGGUGUGGAGGACCAUCAUACGGGCGACCAUCACGGCCAGAAGGAACACAGAGACGGCAAAGAAGUCGUCGGCGAGUACACUGUGAAAGAACCAGGCGGCAAUAUUAGGACCGUGAAGUAUCACGCAGGCAAAAACGGAUUCCACGCUCACGUCCAUAACAGCAACGGAAUCGUCCAUGAAGGAGGCCACCAUCAUUAGAA